AUGUCAAAAAGAUACAUAUCUUAUGAUUAUCAAGAAGCUGAACCAUCUAAUAAUUCUGGAAAUGAUGAUAAUAAAAUAGAUAAUCUUAAGUUAUCUGAUAACGUUAAAAUAAAUAAUAAUGAAAUAGA